UUUUUUGCUUCAACAAAUUCCACCGGUUUUUUAAGCCCACUGUUCGUCUCCACCCGCGUUACAACGCCCGGUGUAAAAACAAAAGACUCCCAGGCUUCCCGCGCCCAGCUGCUUCAGUCUCGUGUCUGUGGCGGGAAGAUGGCAGGAAUCAUAGAUGUUCCGAAACCCCGAAUUAACUGCUCAAUGCUGCUGCAGCACAUCAACCAGGCGGUCUGCUUCGUGUGCCGGGUGUCUAAGGUUCAUCCCUCCGGGAAGACGUUCACGGCGGUGGACGGAGAGGGGAAGACGGUGACCGUGGAGCUCAACUGCUGUCUGGAGGAGGAGCUGAGCGGCGUGGUGGAGGUGAUCGGAUUAGUGUCCAACAAAGGAGUCCUGAUGGCCGCCACAUACAACCUGCUGCGAGAAGACCGCGGCACCCCCUUUGAUUUGGAGCUGUACAACGAAGCCCUGAAGGUCAUUCAUGACUUCCCCCAGCACUACCCGUUCGAGGCCGCCGUCAGCGGCUGAGCCGAUGCCGUGGCUCUGACCCUGCCAGAACUCAUGUAAAAUAUUGUUAAAUUAAAUUUUAGUUAAUAUCCAGAAUAAUGUGUCACUGUUUUUGGAAAAACAUUCAUUCUUUUCCUUGGUUAAUAAAGUUUUUGUUUUCUGUAA